AUGAUCUUUGCUCGGGAGUUAGCAGAACAAAGACUCACUACUCUUUGCAUUUCUGUGUGUUGUCCUGCAGGGGGUGCUAAAUGUUCCCCUCAGAAGACCGUGGUUAGACCUGAUGGAUCGGGACAGCUGAGGAUCUUCUCUCCGUCGGUCAUCUCAGUCCUGCAGAAACAUCUGAGAUCUUCUGAGCCUGAGCUGGGAGGACUGCUGGAGAACCUGCACGUAUCUCCAGGCAGAGGCUCCUCUCACUGGGAAGCCCUCCUCCUUCAGGGCUCCAUCAUGACUGCAGUUCUGGAGGAGUCCAGCACGGUCCGCAUCGAUCCGUUGACUUUAGCUGCGUUCCAAGACACGGGCUGGUACUCUGUGGAUCUGGGCCGGGCCCAGAAUCUGGUCUGGGGUCAAGGUGAAGGAGCCCAGUUUGGCUCCGUGUCCAGCUGCCAGAACAGAACGUCGGCCUUUUUCUGCAGCGGCAGUGGGCUUGGAUGUCAUUUUCUACAUCUCCACAAGGGGGAGUGCCAAACUGAUCCAUACCUGGAGGGAUGUCGGAUUUAUAAACCUCUCAAAAAUGCAAGUGAAUGUUGGAAAAAGGAAAACUCUGUGCGAUCACCUGGAGACAAGCUGAGGGUGGAGGUCUGGGGCCGGGACAGUCGUUGUUUCUUCUCUAACCUCAGCAGACAUACACACUUUCCUGUGGACAGCAGCUCUGUUGGAGGUCAGUGCUACAGACACAGGUGUACCGGACCCAACAGCUACCAGAUCCAGGUGUCUGGAUCUGACUGGGUGGACUGUCCAGCAGGAGGCACUGUUCAGAUAAGUGGAUACCAGGGUGUAGUUUUCUGUCCAGACAGAAGGUUGUGUCUUUACCCCGACGUUACUCCACCAAGUGAUGACGAAGAUACUGCUUCUCACACAAGUCCGGUCCAGGGCGGGACCUGGUCUACACCUCUGACAAAUCCUACCAUGGUGUCAGUGGUUAUACUGCUGCUACUGUAGAAAGAGAUGUCUCCAGAUGAGGCAGACCG